AUGUUUGCAGAUCCAUUUGUUCUGGUUGCUGAUACUCCGUUUAUCUGUUACAGCCACAGGUGCUCCCUGGUAGCAGAGGAUCUGAACAGGCGCUGGCUGGUACCAUGUCCUAAACUGCACCCCACUAUCUACCACACCCGGGGCCUGCUGCAGUACCUCAAGAUGGUCAACAAAGUGCCAGUGGUCUACUGUGAUUAUCAUGGUCACUCCAGAAGGAAAAACGUAUUUCUCUAUGGAUGUAGUCCCAGUAUGUCCUGGCAGACUGAAGACUUGGAUAACCCGGCCAUGUUGGCUGGAAAAGUGGAAGAUACAGGAUACAAGACUCUCCCCAAACUCCUAGCCAGUGCCCCAGCAUUCUCUUUGAAUAACUGUAGCUUCAUGGUGGAGAAGUCCAAGGAGGCCACGGCCAGAGUGGUAGUGUGGAGACAGGUGGGGAUUGUCCGCAGCUACACCAUGGAAAGCACCUACUGUGGGUGUGACCAGGGCCCCUACAGGGGAUUGCACAUAGGCACCAGGGAGCUGGAAGAAAUGGGGAGAAAGUUCUGUGAGGCACUGAUCAAGGUGCGCAGUAGACAUGCUGUGUCAUCUGACACCAACUCUCAACAGGACGUCAGCGGUACCAUAGCAACUGGGCAGAGAGGAUCUGAGCUGGGUGCUAUAGGCGGUGAUGUUCAUCUGGUCAGCAGCAGUAGCAGCACCAGUAGCAGCAGUUAUCACAGGGUACAGUCUGAUGAAGAGGAAGAUGAUGAGGAGGAAGAAGAUAACCCCUGUGAAGAAGUUGGUGAGGAAAUCGGUGAAGGGUAGAAUCUGCUUCCGAAGUUAGUAACUUCUUCUGUAGUUCAUGUUAUUAUUAGAGGAAUAUGUGAUUGAAAGGCAUGGACAACUUCAAUAUCUCCAUUUGACAGAAACCAGAAGAAAACACUAGUCUCAGCUCUUUGUAGCUAGAGUAUAUACCCCUUGUGGACGUAUAAUGACCUUUGUUGGCGAACUGUACCCCUUGCGAGUAUGCUAUCCCUUUUGGGUAGACUAUACCCCUUGUGGAUUGUACCCUUUAAUAGAUGAACUGAGUGAAUUUCAUAAAGCCUAGGUCCCAACUACGUUUUGGACGCAGGGUUUUUAGGUUCCUUGCGUCCGGCUAGGACGUAGGGAAGAAAUCAUUAAUCGGUGAAAAGUUUCUACGUGCUGUUUGCGUCCUCCAAAAGUCGCACGAUGGACAUGCUCCUCAUGCAUGAACUCCCACAUUUACCCCAUUUUUUGGGCCGUAGACCACACGUAGCAGCCCGUAUGUUCGGUUGGGACCUAAGCUUAAGCAGACUCUACCCCUUGAUGGGUAGUAGACUAUAAUUCAUUUUAACCUGUUAAGAAUUGAGGUUCUAAUGAAUAAUACCAUAUGGAAAUGUAAUAGAUUUGAGCCAAGCAUUUGCCAAAUAGAAGGGCCUGGGUUAAAAGAGGGAUUUUUUUCUGCUUUCCCCUUGUCUGACAGUUAUUCUUGGUGAUGAGAUGUAAAAUGGCAUGCCUGCAGAAGUAUUCAUAUCAAGUUUUUUAUCACUAUAUAUUAGUAUAUAUGAAUAUAUCUGUGAUCUUAGUCAGAUGACAAUCCCACCUGUGAGCUUUUUAAGAUGUGGCCCCAUGCUGUGUGUCACAUGCUGCUUAUUCUUCAUAUUAGGUUUUUUUUUUAAUCUUUAAGGCCAAUUGCCAAUAAAAGAAAACUGAGUAUUUUUUCUACAGACGUGCAGGAUAACUCGAUGUUGUUUUGGUGGUUGUGUUUUAGUGUUUGUGAAACUAUGAUAUUUUUAU